AAAUGGAAAUAAAAAACGUUAAAAUGCUAGCAGUCGCUCGCCUGAGUUGCUCUAAACAUAGUUGAAGCAGCAUUUCACUUCUCCCUUGCUUCCCAGAAGAAACUCUCCAUUAAAAUUUGUAAAUUAUAAUUGCCACGAUUCGCCUGCUGAAACUGUACAUUACACUCGCUGUUCCCAAUCUCUAUCUCUCGUAUAAGGACUUGACAUGGAAACUGAAGAGAUACUAGCAGAAGAGCUGCUAAACGUUGAGGUUGAAAUUCAAGGAGUCCAAGACCAAAUCAAGAUAUUGCUUGACCAACAGGAGAGGUUAUAUGAAAGGCAAUCUGAAUUGAAGGCUAUACUUGAAGCAUGUAAAGAAUCAGGUUAUCCUGUUAAUGGCGCUUCAACUACUGUGGAAGACUGGUCUGGGCCAUUUGAGUGGGAUUCUCAAGCUGAUGAUACUAGGUUCAAUAUAUUUGGCAUAUCCGCAUAUCGUGCAAAUCAGCGAGAGAUUAUCAAUGCUGUCAUGAGUGGAAAAGAUGUUCUAGUGAUUAUGGCUGCAGGUGGCGGCAAGAGCCUCUGUUACCAGCUUCCAGCAAUUCUUCGUGAUGGAGUUGCUCUUGUUGUUAGUCCUUUGCUUUCUUUGAUUCAGGACCAGGUGAUGGGUUUGGCAGCCUUAGGCAUUCCAGCUCAUAUGUUGACAUCAACUACUAGUAAGGAGGAGGAGAAGUUAAUAUACAAGGCCCUUGAAAAGGGGGAAGGAGAUUUGAAAAUAUUGUAUGUGACUCCAGAAAAGAUAUCAAAGAGUAAGAGGUUUAUGUCAAAACUUGAAAAGUGCCAUCAUGCUGGUCGUCUAUCUCUCAUUUCUAUUGAUGAGGCACAUUGCUGCAGCCAGUGGGGUCAUGAUUUUCGACCUGACUACAAAAGUCUUGGUAUCCUCAAGACUCAGUUUCCCAAUGUUCCUGUGAUUGCUUUGACUGCAACUGCUACCCAGAAAGUCCAAAGUGAUCUGAUGGAGAUGCUCCACAUUCCAAGAUGUGUAAAGUUUGUCAGCACAGUCAACAGACCAAAUCUCUUUUACAUGGUACGAGAGAAGUCUUCAGUUGGCAAGGUGGUGGUUGAUGAAAUCGCAGAAUUCAUCCGAGACUCUUAUUCACAUAAUGAUUCUGGCAUAGUUUAUUGCUUUUCUAGAAAGGAAUGUGAGCAGGUUGCAAAGGAGUUGCGAGAGAGAGGAAUAUCAGCUCUUCAUUAUCAUGCAGACAUGGACGUAAAUGCUCGUGAAAAUGUUCAUAUGCGGUGGAGUAAUGGAAAACUACAAGUCAUCGUUGGCACGGUAGCAUUUGGCAUGGGAAUCAACAAACCAGAUGUCAGGUUUGUCAUCCAUCACAGCCUAAGUAAAUCAAUGGAAACAUACUACCAGGAAAGUGGCCGAGCGGGACGAGAUGGACUCCCUUCUCAAUGCCUACUUUACUUUAGACCUGGUGAUGUUCCUAGGCAGAGUUCAAUGGUCUUCUAUGAAAAUUCCGGAUUGCAGAACCUUUAUGACAUAGUACGAUAUUGUCAGUCAAAAAGACAGUGUCGCCGUAGUUCGUUUUUCCGCCAUUUUGCUGAGCCAUUACAGGACUGCAAUGGGAUGUGUGACAACUGUGCAUUUUCAAAUGAGGUUAAAGAAGUGGACGCCUCUCGUCAUGCGAAGCUUAUUAUUUCUUUGCUGCAAGAUACACAAGAAAAUGAUCAGAGAUUGACAGUGUUGCAAUUAGUUGAUAAAAUUAAAGUAAAGCACAAGGAACUAGGUUCUGAGCUGAAGAGGGAGCAAAUAGAGCAGCUUGUCAUACAGCUCAUAUUAGAUAGAAGUUUGAAAGAAGAAUUUCAGCAUACAGCUUAUUCCACAAAUGCAUAUGUAACAAUAGGACCCUUGGCAAAGCAAGUAUUGCAUGUUCUGUUGAUGAAGUUGGCAAAACAGCCUUUACCUGUACCCUUCUAUGGACGAAGGUGGCAUUCUAACAGGAAGUGCAGUGUUAAACUUGAAAUUUCUAGCGGACAAAAUAAAGUAGCUGGUAUAAAAUCAGUUAAACGCAGUUGUGCUUCCUCUGGUUUGGAAUUGAAGCUAGACGAGCUGAGAAAGGAACUCUCCUCAGUUCAUGGAGGAAUAUUCCCGCAUUCUGUUCUCUCGACUCAACAAAUCAACAUGAUAAGUGCCCAGAAGCCAAAUUCUAUGGAACUGUUAGAGAAUAUAAUUGGAAAACUCAAGGCAGAGAAAUACGGAAGUAGAAUACUUGAGCAAGUGAAUACGUAUGCAAAUUCGACACAGCCGAAGGAUGCCAAAGAAGAUCAAGAUAUUGAAAAUAGAGCCUCAAAAAGACUAAAGAGCAAAAAGCAUCUUGUUCUUGUUGAGAGCAGUGAUGAUGAAUCCUGACAGAAACAGUUCUGAUUCUUAUAAGUCUCUUUUCUUUGUCUUCCCACAACAUAGCCCUUGUACUAAGGAUGGGGCUCAUACUUGAGUUCCGAGGCACCCUUGUCAAUUUUGUGGUGUAGAUGGAAAUAGGAAUCGAAAAUUAUGUUUCUUGCCAAUAUUGAGAACUGCUGAAAAGGUGUUGAUUUGUUCAAUCAAUGAGAAAAGGGUGAAGAAGUCAAUUUUCUAUUUA